GCUUCCAUUUUAACUAGGUUAUCUGUCUAUUCUUGAGCAGAUCCCAUUUUUAUGGACAAGGGAAUGGUGGCGUCAAUAAACCAAAGUCGACUCCAGGCUAGUGGGGUAGGCCAGCACAGCAAUGCCCGCAACCACAGGAACCAGAGCUUUGAGGAGCUACAAGCAGCCUGUCUGAGAAAUGGGGAGCUGUUUGAGGACCCCCUCUUCCCUGCAGAGCCCAGUUCUAUUGGCUUCAAGGACCUGGGCCCCCACUCCAAACAAGUGCAAAACAUCUGUUGGCAGCGGCCCAAGGAAAUCACAAGCAACCCCCAAUUCAUCCUGAAUGGGCUGACUCCCACAGACAUUUGUCAGGGGGUCCUGGGAGACUGCUGGCUGCUGGCUGCCAUCGGCUCCCUGGCCACCUGCCCCAAGCUGCUGUACCGCGUGGUGCCCCGGGGCCAGAGCUUCAAGAAAAACUACGCCGGGAUCUUCCAUUUUCAGAUCUGGCAGUUUGGGCAGUGGGUGGACGUGGUGGUGGACGACCGUCUGCCCACCAAGAAUGACAAGCUGGUGUUUGUGCACUCAUCCCAGCGCACAGAGUUCUGGAGCGCGCUGCUGGAGAAGGCGUAUGCCAAGCUGAACGGAUCUUAUGAGGCCCUGGUGGGAGGCAGCACCACCGAGGGCUUGGAGGACUUCACCGGAGGCGUGGCCCAGAGGCUUCAGCUACAGAGCCCCCCUCAGAACCUGCUGAGGCUCCUGCGCAAGGCGGUGGAGCGAUCUUCCCUCAUGGGCUGCUCCAUCGAGAUCAGCAGUAGCAGCGACUUGGAGUCCACGACGGACCACAUGCUGGUGAGAGGACACGCCUACGCGGUGACGGGCGUGGAGGACGUCCUGUACAGAGGCAAGACACAAACACUGAUCCGGGUCCAGAAUCCCUGGGGCCGAAUUGAGUGGAACGGGGCCUGGAGUGACAAUGCCAGAGAAUGGGAGGAAGUUGAUCCCAGGACCCAGUUACAACUAAUGCAUAAGAAAGAAGAUGGGGAAUUCUGGAUGUCCUACCAGGACUUCCAGAGCCACUUCACCCUCCUGGAGGUCUGCAACCUCACUCCCGACGCGCUCUCCGGGGAGCCCAAGGGCGCCUGGCACACCACCCACUACGAGGGCAGCUGGCGGAGAGGCAGCACGGCCGGGGGCUGCAGGAACCACCCCGGCACCUUCUGGACCAACCCCCAGUUCAAGAUCUCCCUCCCGGAGGAGGAUGACCACCAGGACGACGACGAGGCCGACGAGGUGGUCUGCACCUGCCUGGUGGCCCUCAUGCAGAAGACCUGGAGGCGCGCGCGCCCCCUGGGCGCCCAGCUGCUGACCAUCGGCUUUGUCAUCUUCCCGGUCCCAAAGGAGUUUCAGAACGUGCAGGAAAGCCGCUUGAAGAAAGAAUUCUUCCAGAAGCAUCCCCACAACGGCUUGUCGGAGACCUUCACCAACUCGCGGGAGGUGAGCAACCAGUUCCGGCUGCCCCCGGGCGAGUACGUCAUCGUGCCCUCCACCUUCGAGCCCCACCAGGACUCCGACUUCCUGCUCCGGGUGUUCACGGAGAAGCACAGUGAGUCCCGGGAACUGGAUGAGGUCAACUACCUGCAGCAGCUCCAGGAGGAGUUGCCCUUCGACCAGGACGUGGAUCCGGACAUCAUUGAAUUGUUUAAGGUAGUGGCAGGCGAGGACAACGAAAUCGACGCGCAUGAGCUGCAGUGCUUGCUCAGCAAACUGCUGGACCGACUCAAGGCCUUCAAGACCCAGGGCUUCGGACUGGAUGCUUGUCGCCGCAUGAUCAACCUCUUGGACAAAGACAACUCAGGCAAGAUGGGGUUUCUGGAGUUCCAGGUCCUGUGGAAAAAACUCAAGAAAUGGACGAACAUCUUCCAGGAAUGCGACGAGGACCGCUCGGGCGCCUUGAACUCCUACGAGAUGCGCUUGGCCAUCGAGAAAGCAGGCAUUAAGGUUAACAACAAGGUGCUUCAGGUGCUGGUGGCUAGGUACACAGAUGACGACAUGACCGUGGGCUUCGACAGCUUCAUUAACUGCUUCCUACGGCUGAAGGCCAUGUUCACGUUCUUUCUGACCAUGGACCCCAAGAACACAGGCUACAUCCAGCUGAACCUGCAGCAGUGGCUGCAGGCAACCAUGUGGGGGUAGGCGAUGCUGCGGCCUGGCUGGCUCUCUCCCCUCCACCUUCCGCCCGGGCCCGCGAUGCC